AGCAAUAUUCACAGCAAAAGCAAAACAAACAGAGUAGGAGAAUAGCAUUGGCCUAUUCUUUGUUACACUAGAGAAAAAAUGGGUGCAGGUGGGCGCAUGUCUGCUCCUUCUAAUGCCAAGAAAACUGAAGCAGAAGCACUCAGAAGGGCUCCUCAUGAGAAGCCACCAUUCACUAUUGGUGACCUCAAGAAGGCCAUUCCUGCUCAUUGCUUCGAAAAGUCACUUGUCACUUCUUUUCGAUACCUCAUUCAAGAUCUCCUCAUGGCCUAUGCUCUCUACUAUGUUGCCACUAAUUACAUAGACCAGUAUCUUCCACACCCUCUGAAUUACGUGGGUUGGGCUGCUUACAUUGCUGUCCAGGGGUGUGUCUUGACGGGAGCUUGGGUCGUGGGGCACGAAUGUGAUCAUGAUGCCUUCAGUGAUUAUGGUUGGGUGAAUGACCUUGUUGGCCUUGUUGUCCAUUCUUCUCUUCUGGUCCCUUACUUCUCUUGGAAAAUUAGCCACCGUCGUCACCAUGCCAACACUCAAUCCCUUGAGAAUGAUGAGGUUUAUGUCCCGAGGUUCAAGGCCAACAUCAGGAACUACUACAAAAUAAUGAACAACCCACCAGGCCGCGUCCUUGUGUGGCUUAUCACGCUCCUUAUAGGCUUCCCCUUAUACUUGAUGUUCAAUGUCUCGGGACACAAGUAUGAGAGGUGGACUUCACACUAUGAUCCCCAUAGCCCUCUUUACACAGAACGUGAACGCAAACAGAUCAUUGUGUCUGAUCUUGCCAUUCUUGCUGUUAUCUAUGGGCUGUACAAUCUAGUAUUAGCCAAAGGAUUUGUCUGGGUUUUCUGUGUUUAUGGAGGUCCGUUGCUAGUUGUUAACGGAUGGUUCACAUUGAUCACAAUCCUCAAUCACACUCAUCCCUCUUUGCCUUACUAUGAUUCAAGCGAAUGGGAUUGGUUGAGGGGAGCUCUUUGCACUGUUGACAGAGACUAUGGUAUUUUGAACAAGGUGUUCCAUAACGUGUGCAACGCUCAUGUCUGUCACCAUAUCUUCUCCAUGAUCCCGCAUUACCAUGGACUCGAGGCAACUGAAGCAAUGAAGCCAGUACUUGGAGACUAUUAUCAGUAUGAUGGCACUCCAAUUCUUAAGGCAAUGUACAGGGAAAUGAAGGAAUGCAUUUACGUCGAAAAAGAUGAAGGUGAGACUAAAGGAGUCUACUGGUACCGAAAGGAAUUCUAAAUGGAUCACCUGGUAAUCAGAGGAGAUCAAUUCAGUUGUUUCUGUCAUCUCAUUUUCUUAGAUUGCUUGUAAUUUUGCUUCUUUGAAGUAGCUCUGUAACUUGUACGUCAAGAUAAAAGGCCUCGAUGUUUAUUCUAUGUAACGAGUAAAAUUCAGUGCCUGAAGUUUAUUUAAGGAAA